AUGUCUGUCCCGCUGGAGACCGUGGUUCUCAUGAGUCGGGGCUGCUGUGGUACCGCUGUCUUCGCGGCAGCUUUAGUCCCGCAUGCGUUCCUGAGCCUCCUCGGCAUCGGCCGCUCGAUACAGGUCAAAGGGACAAUGACUGUGUUUAUGUUUCUGGUAGCUCUCUGUCUCCUCAACGCAGCCACCUUCUUUGCCAUUGUCAUAGAAGCUUUAAAGCACGGCUCAUUACCCGACCCAGCCGCCGCCAUUUGCGAGACAGCACUUGUUCUCGCCACGUUGAUCCAUGCCGAGCAGCUACAUCAGAACAAUGGGAAAAGCUCGGCCUGGAUCGUACGGACCGCAUCUUGGGUCCUGCUCCUCACCUCUGAGCUCCUUGCACUCGGGCGGCUGGGCCUGAUGAGCCGUCAUGGAAUCUCACUCGCUCUCCAGAUCGCCGUCGCCAUCUGCAUGGUCAAGAUUGUGAGUUACGCCGCCAUCAUACAGCACACGCUGCCCAUAAUUCUUGACGCUUAUGGGGCCGUGACCGUGUCCAGCCCAAUUUCGCCCCUGACAGUCAACAGCAUUGACGACAUUCUGGGUCUUCAAAUGGAGAGGGAGGCUAAGAAACUUGGAGGCUGGUGGCCCUUGAUCAAACGGUUUGGCGUCUUUUUCGAGAUACUUCCUAUGAGCCAGCCGCUGCAAAUAAUCCAGGCCGCCGCUUCCUUGAUUCUUCUGGUACUUGGUCAAAUUGUCAGCGUACAGGAGCAGCUCGCUUUUGCUUCCUUAUUCGACGCAGCUGCGGCCGGCUCCAAUGUAUGGCAACCGUUGAAAGCAAGUCUCCUGUUGUGGAUGGCCAACGUUUUGCUCCCUUUCCUACAUGGGAUGUUGCGCAUGGAUUCGGGGUUGAGGCGGGCUAAAGCUUUCACCGUCGGCGUGCACGCCAAGAUACUGUCGCUUGACCCAGUCUUCCACUCGCUGACCAACCCGACCGACUUGACCAAAAUCACCGACAAUUCCAAGGACUUGGUAGAUCUCGUCGACUCCGUUCUUUUCACCCAUCUGACUAACGCGGUUGGGCUUUUGUUUACAGCCAGGAGCCUCAUCCGCCGUUAUGGGCCCCUCAUAUUUGUCGUCAUAAUAUACCAGGUCAUCUUCACUGCUCUAAUCGACAAGAUAGGCGUGGAGAAGCGAGCUGAGGCCAGCAGUCAAGUACAAAAAGCCAAGCUUUUCCAGGAGCGACGGCGACAGGACGCCCUACGGGGCUGGACGACGCUUUUUAACAACAACCAGGUCCAGCACGAAAUCGAGCGCUUCAAGUCGGUCGCGGACUGCGUCAUCGAACAGCAGCGCAAGCUCGACUUUUUGCGGCUUACCUUCUGCCUACUUCGGAGCUUAAUCGGCUUUUGCGGCAUCGCCGCCGGCUAUGCGCUCAUUAUUUAUCAGUACGGUCAGGGCAGCACGAGCAUCGGUGACUUGAUGGCUUUCAUGUCUGUCUGGGGAGGCCUUUGGUCGCGCUUCAAUGAUCUGAUUCGGGUUGUACCCGACACCCUCGAUGCUUUCAUGGAUGCAGCCCCGUUGCGGCGGGUCCUGGAGAGGACGUCGACGACUGAGACCAGGGACGCCGAGCUCAAGUGCCCUGAUGGAGGGCUGGAGUUACGCCAUGUUAGCUACUCCUACCCGGGGAGAGAUAAACGGAUCAUCGAUGGGCUGAACUUGUCCAUCAAGCCGCGAUCCAAAGUCGCGCUUAUUGGUCCCAGCGGCACCGGAAAGUCUACCCUGCUCGGACUAUUUAUGCGCCAUCUCAGCCCGACGAUUGGUGCGGUUAUAAUCGAUGGCCAGGACACCAGGGAGGUCAGGAAGGAUUCCUUCCAUGACUCGGUUGGCAUGAUGCCCCAGAUACCCCACAUGUUCAACGCCACCGUCAUGGAGAAUAUCAAAGUAGGUAAAGCGGAGGCAACGGAUGAGGAGGUAUACCAAGCCUGUCGAAUGGCCGUAAUCCAUGAUGCCAUUAUGAGCCGGCCAGAAGGUUACAAAACGCACAUGGGGGAGCAUGGAGGAUCAUUCUCAGGAGGGGAGAAGCAGCGAAUGGAGUUUGCUCGGUUAUUCCUAAAGAAGCCCAAGAUUGUUAUUCUCGACGAGCCGACAGCCAGCCUUGACGCCGAGUCCGAGAGCAAAAUCCUGCAAAACCUCAUGUGCCAGUUUGGCGAUGUAACCAUUAUUGUCACCACCCACCAACUUCGUCUUAUUCAAGACUUUGAUAGAAUAAUAUUCAUUGGCUCGGGCGGAAAGAUCCUAGAGGACGGCCACCACGAUGAAUUGCUAGCUAGGAACGGCAAGUAUGCCGAGUAUUGUCAAGCAGUUAAGAUGGCUUGA